GCAAACGAAAAAGAGAGCGCGACGCGGCGCAUGGUUUUGUUUUGAUUGCCGGUGGUGGAUUUUGUGAGUCGGUGAUUGUCGUGUGAUUGCAUAUUUCGCAAUAUCUGAACGGAAUAUUGACUAAAAUUCCGUAAUUUUGUGCUCCUACUAGUGCUUGGUGAUAGUGCUCCUGUAUUUGAAGAAAAGUCUACGACAUACCAAUAGGAAAACUCACCGAAAGACGAAGGCUUGCGUAGGCGGUGUUGAGUUCAAACUUUCUGCAGGGCAACUGGAACAGAGCGGACGCACGUCCCAUCGGAUGGACCAGAGAUGAUGCACUACAAGAAAGGCAAGAACGUGGAGGAGGAGCUCACCAAGGAGCAGAUUCCGAUCGAGUGCCUGCCGGGUCAGUUUCUGUGGAUGCACGUGAAAGGUGGUUCGGCCAUCUUCAACCUGGUCAACUAUGCCAAGAAGGCACUGGAAGCCGGAGAGCACCGGGCCGUGGUGUGGAGUGGGACCGGCGGUGGAAUCACGAAGACCAUCAGUUGCGCCGAGAUCAUGAAGAAGGACUUUGAACUGCACCAGGUUACGCGGGUGUGCUACAGAAAGGUCGAAGAGUACUGGGACCCCCAGCAGGAAGGCCUGGAGCAAAUAGUGGCCACCAGAAACAUACCCAGCAUCCACAUUCUGAUGUCGUUGGAUGAAUUGGAUCCAAAGACGCCCGGUUAUCAGCACUCCAAAACGCGUACCACUUUUUGGCUGGAAUCGGACCCGACUGGGGCCGCCAAGGGAGGUCCCCGAAAGGGUGGCAACUAUUUCACCGGACCGCAGCUGAAGAAGAAACCGAACAGGAACUACGAGGACGAUAAGAGUGGACCGAAUGCCAACGGGGGUGGGAGGGGUGAUGGCGGUGGGAAGAAAGGUAAAAACAAGAAUAAGGGAGGAAAGGCGCCGGAUGAGAAAGGAGAUAAAGAGCCAAAGAGAAGCGAAGCUUCUGGGAGCGGAGAAAAUAAAUCCAAGAAGACUAAGAAUAAUGAAAACAGACAGAAAGCUAAGGAAGGAGGAGCUGGAUCGAAAUCCGAAAAAGCUUCUCUUGAAAGUCAACCAAUGGAGUUGGGUGAGUAAAAUCGGUUUUUACGUUCAAUAAAUGUUUAGGUUGAUAAA